AUGAGUACUUUACUGGGUAGAAUUUCAAAAUUAAAUCGUAGUUUAUCACAUAAAAGUGUAAAAAAUAAUUAUGUACUACAGUCUACUAAUUAUUCUACUCGAGAAUUAUUAAAGGAAGCCUACUGUCGCACAAAAUUGAAGUGUCGAUCAAAAAAAUUACCUCAAGAUGUAAAUCCACAAGGAGUAUUUGCUUGUAAUGAGUUGGAUCUAUCAGAAGUUAGUGUAUAUGGGUUUGAUUAUGAUUAUACUCUAGCACAUUAUAAGCCAACUUUGGAGCAUUUGCUUUAUAACCUCGGAAGGGACAUGCUUCUAGAAAAAUAUAAGUACCCACAAGAAAUUUCAAAAUUAGAGUACAAGCCAAAUUUUGCUGUGAGAGGCCUUCAUUAUGAUAUUGAAAAAGGUCUUCUUUUAAAAUUGGACUCAUUUCUUCAAAUUCAAUUUGGCGCAGUAUAUAGAGGUCUAACACCAGUGUCCACGGAGGAAGUUCUUAAAUUAUACAAAAAUAGAAUAAUCCCUAUCGCGUAUGUCGAAGGAGAUAUGAGGGUUCAUAAAGCUAAUCGCUCAAAAAUGGUGCAUCUAGCAGAUUUGUUCUCAGUGCCAGAAAUGGGUUUAUUGUGCAAUGUAGCAGAAUAUUUUAUAAAAAAUCACAUAGAUUAUCAUCCAGAAAUAUUGUUCUUAGAUGUUAAGAAUUCUGUCCAGAGCUGUCAUCCCAUAAUGCAUAAAAUUGUUGCUCAAAAUGUCGAGGAAUACAUAAGACCGAAUCCUGAUCUGAAAAAGUAUUUCCAAUUAUUGCAGGAAAGCGACAAAAAAUUGUUUUUAGUCACAAACAGUCCAUAUCAUUUUGUAAAUGCAGGUAUGGAAAUGCUAGUAGGCUCGGACUGGCGUGAUUUCUUCGAUGUUGUGAUAGUGAAUGCUAACAAGCCGAAGUUCUUCACGGAAGUCUCACGUCCUAUACGCGUUUUUGAUAAAACUGCAAAUACGCAUAUAUGGGAAAAAGUUACAUCGUUAGAAAAGGGCAUCAUCUAUUAUGAGGGUACUGUUAAACAGCUGCAGGACCUGACAGGCUGGAGUGGUCACCAAGUGCUGUAUUUCGGGGACCACCCCUACAGUGACCUGGCUGAUGUAACACUGGAGCACGGCUGGCGGACUGGCGCCAUCAUCAACGAGCUCACGCACGAAAUUAACACUCUGAACACACAAUCGUUCAAAGAAAACGCUAACUGGCUACAAAUGCUCACUCAACUCAUUGAAGACCACCAAGAUUAUAAGCAACCAGAAGCUUUGGAGGUGAUUGGUCAAUGGAUGGCAGAACGCGACCACCUACGAAAUGCAACAAAGUCAGUCUUCAAUCCUCAAUUUGGUAGCGUGUUCCGGACAUAUCACAAUCCAACAUAUUUUUCAAGACGUCUGUUUAGAUUUGCAGACAUUUACACUUCGAAUAUAAGGAACCUAUUAAAUUAUUCCUUAACUCACACUUUCUACCCUCGACGUGGUGUAAUGCCACACGAGUAUGGAUCCUAUUUUGUUUAAAAUAAUGCAUGUUUUUGUUAGUCGCUAAGUAAUCAAUUUUUAAACGAUAUAUAUUUACAUUUGUUUAUUUUAUAUUUUGUAAGGAUAUUUUUGUACAGGAUUUAGUUAGUAAAAUAUAUUUUAGAUAGGUAAGAGUACAGUAUAAUUUUGGAAAGUUGCAUUACAAUAUUGUUGUUAGAUUUUAAGGUUGAAUAGAGAAUAAAUAAAGCUACAGGCAACAACCAAAAA